AUGGCCGGUGGUAAGGGCAAAUCAGCUGGCGGCAAGAGUGCCGGUGGAAAGACUUCGUCUGCCGAUGGUCCCAAGAAGCAGCAGAGCCACUCGGCUCGUGCAGGUCUUCAGUUCCCUUGCGGUCGUGUCAAGCGUUUCUUGAAGCAAAACACCCAAAACAAGAUGCGCGUUGGCGCCAAGGCAGCCGUCUAUGUCACAGCAGUUCUCGAGUACCUGACUGCCGAAGUCCUCGAGUUGGCAGGAAACGCUGCCAAGGACCUCAAGGUCAAGCGUAUCACACCUCGCCACCUGCAGCUCGCCAUCCGUGGUGACGAGGAGCUCGACACCCUCAUCCGUGCCACCAUUGCCUUUGGUGGUGUUCUGCCACACAUCAACCGCGCCCUGCUUCUCAAGGUUGAGCAAAAGAAGAAGAACAAGGCUAUUGAGGCUUAG